CCUCUCCCCUCCUGCCUUCGCCCACCCUCGGCGGGUGGGCGGGGUCAGGCUCCAAGUAAGAGGAGAGCUGACCCCUCCCCUCUUCCCCGCCCCUCCUCUUCCACGUGCCUCCUGGGGACCAGUGCAGGCACCAGCAGGGCGCUCUGGGCAGCUGGGUGAAGGCCUAUCUGGGCAAGCACCCCCCCCCCGCCCCCACCCCGCGGCCACCCUCUCCGGUCCCCCACGGCAGCCCUGCCCGCUUCACUCUGAGGUUUCUCGCAGUGCCUUUCCUGCUCCUCUCUGCUUCCCCGUCCUGCCAGGUUCCCAUCCUCCUGUGUUCCUUCCUGGGCUGGUGGCAGUGGGCGGCUGUACCCGGUGGGCCUCGUGGAGAUGUUCAAUGCUUGGAGUCGUCGGGACCGGCCCCCCGAGGAGGGGGCAGCUGCAGGGCUCGAGGGCUUCGCUGUGGACAAGACCUUCCUCUCCUCCCUCAAAGGCAUCCUGCUGGAAACUGAGCUGGCCCUGACCUUCAUCAUCUUCAUCUGCUUCACGGCCUCCAUCUCUGCCUACAUGGCUGCCGCACUGCUGGAGUUCUUCAUCACACUAGCCUUCCUCUUCCUCUAUGCCACCCAGUACUACCAGCGCUUCGAUCGGCUGAACUGGCCCUGUCUGGACUUCCUCCGCUGUGUCAGCGCCAUCAUCAUCUUCCUGGUGGUCUCCUUCGCGGCUGUGACCUCCCGGGACGGAGCUGCCAUUGCUGCUUUUGUGUUUGGCAUCAUCCUGGUUUCUGUCUUUGCCUACGAUGCCUUCAAGAUCUACCGGACUGAGAUGGUGCCCAGGGCUGCCCAGGGGGACCAGCAGUGACCCUGGGGAUACCUGGCUUCUGAGCCCAGCCAGAAAGUGGGACAGGGGAGCCCAGACUCAUCUCCUUUGGAUUCACUAGCUCCCUAGCCUACUGUCUACUGCCUCAGCCUACAGUGAUGGAGCCAGGCCUGAGAAGUCACGUGGACUUGUCUGUGGGGGCUAGUCUGGCAUUUGAUGAAGCUCGGCCAGGGAGGCUGCUUUAUGGUCUAAGCGGAGGGUGCAGGAGGAAGCUGGUCAUUCCCAAAUUAAAAGAUUGGAAUCCUA